UAUCUGCAUCAAUAUAAAUUAAGAUCUAAAUGCAAGUUGUACAUACUAUAAGUGCAGUUUAUCAAGCAAUCACACGCAGAGAUGGGCUGCCGACAAAGCAAUUGUAUUCUAUUUUCAUUUCUUUUACUUCUUGCGUUCAAAAGAGUUGCUAACUUCGAAAGUAACUGUCCUUUCGCAAUCUAUCAGCAAUAUGAAGCGGAUCCCGCGGUCUACGUGUCCUCAUCCGCAGCUGCAGCAUUUGCAGAAGUGGGCGUAAGGAAUACGCAUCAUGUGGCCAAAACUAUUGCCCCCAACUUGAAUCAUAUUUUCAGUUCUAAAGUGUCCGAUAGAUUUCGAUGCAUUUCCCCGCCCUCAGACUGUUUAAGUGAUUCAAAAAACUUCUUAUAUAGAACAUUCGACGGCUCGUGUAAUAACUUUGAAAACUCGGGCUACGGAAUGGCAACUUCUAGAUAUAAGCGAAUGUUGGCGCCAAAAUACAGUGACGGUGUUAACUCUCCAACAAUUUCAGUUACAGGCGCAACGUUACCAAACGCACGACUAUUAUCAUUAGAUUUAUAUGGCGAAACUUCCUUACCGGAUGACUUUCGAACGAUGGCAUUUCUUCAAUGGGGUCAGUUGGUGGCGCACGAUAUGACAAGAUUCCUUAAAGCGAAUGUUACUGGAGACUGUUGCUUACAGCCGGAAAUCAAUUCCUGCUUCCCAAUAAUUCUUUAUCCCCAUAGUCCAACUACUCAUACAAGUAGUACGUCUAAAAAGUGUUGGAAUUUUGAAAGAAGUGCUUCAGAUGCGGAUACUAUAUGCCACGAAAGUGGCUCAUCAUAUUCAGAAAAAAUAACAACGACUUCAGCUUAUUUGGAUCUAUCAUUUCUUUAUGGAAACUCUAAAAGUGAAAACAAAAAAUUUCGUGUUUUUAAAAGUGGUUUGAUGAAAACCAGCUCAGUGAACAAUCGUGAUUGGCUGCCAUUAUCCAUGAAUCCAGAAACUGACUGCGGGAAAGAUAUUUAUCAAUGCUUUACUAUGCCAGAUAUGCGAAACCAAUUUAUACCUACAAUCGCUGUUUUACAUACGAUCAUUUUGCGCGAGCACAAUCGACUAGCAACAAUUUUAGAACGAUAUAACCCUCAUUACUCAGAUGAACGACUCUUCCAGGAAGCAAGGAAGAUAAAUAUUGCACAGUACCAGAAAAUAACAUUUUACGAUUGGCUGCCGCUACUUAUCGGAACAUCGUACGCUUACAAUAAGCACUUAAUACACCACACGUCAAACUAUGAACAUGUGGACGAUUACGCACCAACAGUUAAUGCCGCGCCUUACGCAGAAUUUGCCGCGGCCGCUUUUCGGUAUUCACACAAUCAAAUACCCGGAUGGUUUUCAUUGAUCUCAUCAAGACGAAAUUUCAAUCUUACUAUGCGAUUAAGUGAUCAUUUUGAUCGGGCCGAAAAUUUGAAUUUGAUAUGGGAUGGUGAUAACUUUGAUUCACUUAUCAGAGGUUUAUCAACACAACUACAAAAACGUCCGGACAAUAAUAUAGAUAAAGAGAUAAAACAUUACUUUGACCGUAAAAUCUUUGAAGAAUACGGCACUGACCUGAAAGCAAUUGAUAUACAGCGUGGACGAGACUUUGGAUUACCCUCUUAUAAUGAUAUGCGCGUUUAUUGUGGUCUUCCACGUGCAUACGACUGGGCCGGAUUUUCGAAUGAAAUACCACUAGAUAAAAUUAUGUAUUUCCAAAAGAUGUACGCCUCUCCAGAUGAUGUAGAUUUGGCUAUUGGUGGCUCCUUGGAAUCACACGCACCUGAAUCUAUCCUUGGACCCACAUUUCAAUGCAUAAUCGGACGUCAAUUUUUUAAUGCUCGGACGGGUGAUCGUUUCUUUUUUGAGCGUUACCAAUCUCUAAGCGGAUUUUCGAAAGAUCAACUGGCUGAAAUCCGCAAAGCUAGCUUAUCACAAUUAUUUUGUAAUAAUGGCGACUUUCUGCAAGAUAUUCAAACUAAUGCGUUUAUUUUUCCUAAUAUUAGAAAUAAUUUGAGAAAUUGUAAAAGCCUCUCUCAAGUGGAUUUAUCGAAGUGGAAGUCUCCUGCACAACAAAUAACUUAUUCAAAUUAAGAUUAAGUUUUGUAUGUAUGUUAUUUCAAUAAAAAUUUAAUUUAAAAGUCAUUUAUAAAAAAUAAAUGUGUG